UAGAUUAAUGUUUUUUCGUCUGUCCGCAGGGAUGAUGUGGUCUCGCCCCCAGUCAGGCAACAGUCACAGGGAGUCUAUGAUGAUGAGUGAGGCCCGUCGCCAGGUGUCCGUCACCGCCUGCCCGCUGGAGCGGCUGCGACUCAUCUGCCUGUCCAGGGGCGCGUCGGGCAUCAUGGGGCUCGGCAGGAUGUUCCGCGUCAUGGAUGACGACGGCAGCAAGGCCCUCAACUGGGACGAGUUCAGCCGCGGAAUGAAGGACGCCGGCCUGGACCUGGAUGCGGAUCAUCUGCGGGAGCUGUUCGACAUGUUCGACAAGGACAAGUCGGGCUCCGUCAGCCUCAACGAGUUCCUCCUGCAGAUCCGCGUAAGUACAAGACUCGGUCGGUGAGCACCCACGCGACAC